CAUUUUUAGCCCAAGAAUUGAACUUCACCUUCCAAUUGCUCCAUCAACAUCCAGUCAAUUGUCCCCCACCACCAUCGCCCAGUUGUCGCCAAAGUGAGCAAGUUCAGACGGUCUUGCACAGUCUUUGUAAAAAAUUAGCGGCCAGUGUGAUAUUGGAUGAGAAGGAGCACUUCAAGUCCCAAUUGCUAUCGGUAGUUCACACCUAUUGUGGUGAAUUUGAUUGUUCCUUCCACGGAUUUUGCCCUUCGCGCCUCUGAAGACCAGGGUGACUUGUCAACUACUGCUUCGCAUCGCAUCGAAGCACAUCGCAUCAUCGCAACCAGCCUUUUUUCCCCUUCCUUCGCCGAGACAACAUUGACGCCGAGACUUCCAUUUCAGUUAGUCGUCGACUCUCUGCCAGUCAAUUACUUAUUUCCACCGAAUUUUCAAAGCGACUCUUUUCACUCCAGGCUUUGCGCAUCCUCUGAUCGCAAAGAUGUCAAACAGACAGCCCUCUCGUGUCGUCUUCGUGGGCAACAUCCCAUAUGGCAAGUCCUCGAGAUCAUAUUACGUCUUUUCAAAGUCGAUUGCUAACAAACCGUUAUCUGCAGGACUCACCGAGGAGCAAAUCACUGAAAUCUUCAGUGGUGCUGGUCGCGUCCUGAACUUUCGCCUCGUCUAUGAUCGAGAGACUGGUCGCCCCAAGGGCUUUGGUUUCGCUGAGUUCCCUGACCACGACUCUGCUUCUUCAGCCGUCCGAAACUUGAAUGAUUAUGAGAUUAUGGGACGGAAGUUGCGUGUCGACUUUAGCAAUGAAACGGUCAGCGACGAAGAUGGUCGUGACCGUGACGCUGCUGGCCCUUCUGCUGCCGGUUACUCGGCGCCGUCGAACGGUAACAACGUUGCCGCGCCGGUCGUCCCCGCGGGCGGUUCGUCGCUCCCCCCUUUGCCCCAGGGCAAAGAUCUCCCUCCUGGUGUGAGCUGCACCGAUGCCAUAUCGCAAACGCUUCGCACCCUGCCCCCGGCGCAGCUGCUGGACAUCAUCCAGCAGAUGAAGACGCUGGCGACCAACGACCCUGCGCGCUGCGCCGAGCUGUUGAACCAAGCUCCCCAGCUUGGUUAUGCUGUUUUCCAGGCCCUGUUGAUCAUGGGCUUGGUGUCACCGGACGCCAUCAACUCCGUCCUCGACACCGGUGCGAGCGUUGCCCCGCCUCCUGCGGCUGUCCCCGCCAACUAUGGCGGCUACCCUGUCCCUGCGGCGACCAGCACUCCAGUCGGUGGUUAUGCCGCCCCUCCCGUCGCUGCCCCGGUUGUUCCGGUCCCUGGUGCCGCGCCUCCUCCUGUCGCUGCCCCCCCUCCUGCUCAGGACCCUGAGGCCCUGAUGCGUGCUGUCAUGGAGCUACCUCAAGAGACGAUUGACAUGCUUCCCGAAGCUGAGAAGCAGCAGAUUUUGGCCUUGAGAGCUCAAUUCUCCCUGCAAGUUACGGCGGGUAAUGACGACAACUAUACCGGGAGUGAUCAAGUCACCAAACUUACAGCCGAGCUAAUCCUAAAUAUCGGUAAAGUUGGUGAGUCUCAGCCUGCGGGUGGUUUUGAUAACUCUAAGCUUCCGAAUUUUGACAUUCAUGGCAAGCUGAAGGGCGGUAUCAACCGCAAGUUUAAAAACAACGACCACGAUUUUGACACAGCGAAUAUACGCAAAUCAACGACUGUGGACAACGGUAGCGACUUGGGCUCUCACGACUUUUACUCCCCCACUGGGGGUAGUGUUAUUUCGGAGGAGGACGUGGACGAUCUCAUUCUUGAAAUUACGCCACCUGCUGCCCCCGUGGCUUUGAACACCUUUAUCCCCGGACACAACUUGCUGCGUUCGACACCGAACAACUCGAAGUCUCCCAGUAUCAAUGAGAAGCCUUCUGACUAUCAAGACUAA